UAGCUGUCAGGGGGCGCUGUUCAGCAUGAUCUCUGGGCGGCGGCAGCAGCAGCAGCCACGAAGAAGAGGAAGCGCGUACUUCCGGUUCUGUGAAGAAGAUGGCGACAGUGAGAUGCAGAGAUAAAUAAAUGAAAACAUUUCUCUCUCACUGUGUCAGAAAUAACCCUUUUUAUUCAGCCUCUGCGACAGAAUGAUGAACCGAACGGCGUAUUUCUACGACCCAGACGUGGGGAACUUUCACUACGGUGCUGGACACCCGAUGAAACCUCACCGGCUGUCUCUCACACACAGUCUUGUGCUGCAUUAUGGGCUCUACAAGAAGAUGAUGGUUUUCAAGCCGUACAAGGCGUCCCAGCACGACAUGUGCCGCUUCCACUCGGAGGAUUACAUCGACUUCCUGCAGAAGGUCAGUCCGAACAACAUGCAGGGCUUCACCAAGAGCCUCAACGCCUUCAACGUCGGAGACGACUGUCCCGUCUUUCCAGGUCUGUUUGAGUUUUGUUCGAGAUACACGGGUGCCUCUUUGCAAGGAGCGACUCAGUUAAAUCACAAGUUAUGUGACAUUGCCAUAAACUGGGCUGGAGGUUUACAUCACGCAAAAAAGUUUGAGGCGUCUGGAUUUUGCUACGUGAAUGAUAUCGUCAUCAGUAUUCUUGAACUUUUGAAGUAUCAUCCACGCGUGCUCUACAUUGACAUUGAUAUUCAUCACGGUGAUGGCGUUCAGGAAGCAUUUUAUCUCACAGACAGAGUCAUGACCGUAUCCUUCCACAAAUACGGGAACUACUUUUUCCCAGGAACUGGUGACAUGUAUGAGGUGGGAGCUGAGAGCGGCCGCUACUACUGUCUGAAUGUGCCGCUGCGAGACGGCAUAGAUGACCAGAAUGCUACUAAUGUGCGAGUAUUCACUUCACUUUUCUCUCGUAGGACCUAUGAAACGUCUUUGCUAGUUGAGGAGUCCAUCAGUGAUGAACUACCGUACAGUGAAUACUUUGAAUAUUUUGCUCCAGACUUCACACUUCACCCAGACGUCAGCACAAGGAUAGAAAACCAAAAUUCCAGACAAUAUUUGGAGCAGAUUCGUCAAACAGUGUUUGAGAGCUUGAAGAUGUUGAAUCACGCACCAAGCGUUCAGAUCCAUGACGUUCCCUCUGAUUUGCUGAACUACGAGCGUCCAGACGAGGCUGAUCCUGACGAGCGCGGGUCAGAAGACCACUUCUCCAGGUGACCACAAACUAACACUAGUGUUUAAACGCUUGCAUGAAGCCCCUUC